AUGACAUCCAAUUUAACUCACUCAGCAUUUCAAGCUAGACAACAAAAAUUAAUUAAAAUAGCACUUAGCAGUGAUCCUGUUCAGCCAUAUCCAAAACCUGUUGUUACCUUCGUUGAAAAUGUAUCAUCUACAAAUGUUAACGUUGGAGAAUUACACGUAACUGAUAUAACUGUCAAUGAAUUGUCACCAGUCAAUUCACAUAUUAGUGUUAUAUCACAACCACAGAUGAUUGUGGAUGAAUUACCUUCAGCUACCCCAACAAUUAAACUAACUAGUGAUCGUUCAAUCUCUACUCCAUCAUCUAUAUUGAAGAACCGAUCAGAAAAUGUAUCAUCUAAACUAGCAGCACCUUUGAAAUCUACUGGUGAUAUUUCACCAUUGGUUCCACUUGUGGGCACAGCAAUAUUACUUGUUAUAAUUGGAGCAUCAGCCGUAUUUUUGCCACCUUUUCUUUUAGCACUUCAAACACAUCGAGAUUAUUCUUGUUAUCCUGGAUGUUGGAAUGGUGGUAGUUGUUCAGCCCAAAAUGUCUGCACUUGUUUAACAGGCUAUGAAGGAGAUCGUUGUCAAACAACUAUUUGCAAUCAAAGUUGUAAUCAUGGUGUGUGUGCACAACCAUAUGCAUGUACUUGUCAAGCUGGUUGGAAUGGAACUUUUUGUGAUCAACCUAUUUGCAUACCAGCAUGUGUUAAUGGUAAUUGUACUUUACCCAAUUACUGCAGCUGUGAUGUUAAAUAUACUGGUUAUUUAUGUUUAACACCUGUUUGUUCACCUUCGUGUGUACACGGAUUUUGUACAUCACCAAACAAUUGCAUAUGUAAUGUUGGUUGGAAUGGAACAAUUUGUGAUGAACCAAUAUGUUCACCAUCAUGUAUUAAUGGAAAUUGCACAUAUCCAGAUGUUUGCAAUUGUAGUACGGGUUGGGAAGAUAGUAUAUGUAGUACUCCUAUUUGCUCACCUAAUUGUAUGCAUGAUUCAAAUUGUACUGCUCCUGAUACAUGUGUUUGUUCAGCAGGUUACAAUGGUAGUUAUUGUCAAUAUCCGCCAGAUAAUUGUACUUGUGCUACUGGAUGGACAGGUCAAACUUGCGAAAUAGCUAUUUGUUCAAUGCCUUGUUUAAACGGUGGUACUUGUAUUUCACCAGAUAAUUGUUCUUGUGAUAUUAUUAAUUGGGAUGGAUUACAAUGUGAAACACCUGUAUGUAGUCGUAAUUGUACAAAUGGUGGCACGUGUGGACCGACACCACAUACUUGUAAUUGUACAGUUAAUUGGACAGAUUCAGUCUGUAGUACUCCCCCAAACAAUUGUACAUGUCAAUUUGGUUAUAAUGGAAGCGUCUGUGAAUAUCCUAUUUGUGAGGAAGGCUGCAGUAAUGGAGGUAUAUGUGUAGCACCAAAUGAAUGCAAUUGCACAAGUUCAUGGUCAGGACUUUUAUGUCUUAUACCAAGAUGUAAUCCAUAUUGUCAAAAUGGAGGAAUUUGCCUUGCUCCGAGCACUUGUCUUUGUGAUAAUACAGCUUGGAAUGGAUCUUAUUGUCAAGUUCCAAUAUGCUCAACAUCGUGCCAGAAUGGUGGCACAUGCAUAGGUCCUAAUAUUUGUCAAUGUACUACAGGUUAUACUGGUGAUCUUUGCCAAGACCCUGUGUGUAUACCGAUAAACUUUCAUGAUGAACUUGAUUAUCAAGGACCAAAUGCAACGUGUCAACAUGGCGGAACAUGCAUAUCACCAAAUAACUGUUCAUGUACUUCAUUGUGGAGUGGUACGUAUUGUGAAGCACCUGUUUGUAGUCUACCCUGCAUCAAUGGAGGUAAUUGUACAUCGCCUGGUGUUUGUACAUGUAAUAUUACUGAAUGGAAGGGUACUCAAUGUGAGAUACCUAUUUGUGAUCCAGCGUGCUCCAAUGACGGUAAUUGUUCAUCGCCUGGUGUAUGUACAUGUAAUAUUACCCAAUGGAAUGGUACUCGAUGCGAAACACCAGUCUGUGAUCCUUCCUGUGAGAACGAUGGAAACUGUACAGCGCCUGGUGUAUGUACAUGUUCGCCCGAAUGGACUGGUUCAGAUUGCAGCACCAGUAUGUAUUGUAAUUACAUGAUAGAAUUUAGGGCUUUUUUUUAGAUAUUGACGAAAUGAAAUUAACUAGACACUGCGGAUGUCACUUUAACGUUAUUUUGCUUCAAAAAGUAAUUUAAAGUAAAGUACAGUUAGGUUACUUUACUUUGUAAAGUAAAGAUAAAGUGGCACUCGUUCAAAACAAUGCCUGUCUCCAUUUUUUAUCAUCUAAUAAUAAGUUAAAGCAGUCACUUAUGCCUUUAAUUGAUAUAAUAGUUAAAGAAAGUUUGAAUAUUAUUUUUAUAUCAUGAAAUAACCGAGAUAUUUUUUGUUACUCCAAUAGCUAAUUGUCAUCUAUGCGGGGGAUCGCCAUAUAAUACAACAUGUUACGAUUGUAUUUGGACAAAUAAUUACUGUAGUAUUGAAUGUGUUUGCGAUUAUAAUUCUGCUAACUACACAACAUCGAUUGAUUUACA